GCAAGAUGGUUGACAUCGGCUCAGGCUUGGAGGUUUUGGAUAUAGGGGCCCUCAGUGGAAGCCAGAAGUUGAAACUCCUGAAAUUCAAGAUCAACACAAAGAUCGAGAAUGAGAAAUACCUUCGGUCUCAUAAAGAAGUGGAACUUCUCUUGUCAGGAUUCCUGAGGGAAGUCUUGCUGCAAAGGCCGGAGAAAAUACAAGAGUUUGCUGCAGACUAUUUCACCAAUCCAGACCUCCCGGAGAAAAUCCAGCACCAGCUGAUGGAGAAAAUGAACCAGUCUGUCUAAGAGCCACUGCCGGAUUUCAGCCCGCGGUGGAAGGCGGCGUUACCC